AUGGGUGGUCAAGGUAAAAGUCAGGUUGCACUAGAAUAUUGUCGCCGAUCAAAGAACAAGCCCUACUCUGCCAUCAUCUGGAUCAAUGCUGAAAGUGAAGAAAGCGUCCGUGCAUCUUUUGCCGUCAUAUCGGAGCGGAUCAAAACGGUAAGCGAUGUUCUGCCAGAUACUGCCGCUCGAAUAGCGUUCGUGCUUCAUAGGCUUGGCAAAUGGGGGGAGCCGUGGCUGAUGGUGUUCGACAACUACGACGACCCGGUCAGCUUUUACAACGUCCGGGACUACAUGCCAGAAGGCCAACAUGGCCAUGUCCUCGUGACCAGCCGACACAUGGAUACAAAUGAGCUGGUUGAUGAUGACGAACACAACUUUAUAGAAUUGGUCGGCCUAGACAUUGUUGCGGCGUCGAAAUUAUUGCUUCAUCACAGCCGGAUCCAGGAUAGGGAUGAAAGUGAGGUCAAGAAGGCUCUGGAGAGACUUGGAUAUCAUGCGCUCGCCAUCACACAGGCUGCUAUUUAUAUCAAGAAGAGGCGUCUGAGUCUAUCUGAGUUUUGGAGUCACUUUGAACAACGAAAGCGUGUGAUUCUUGAAACCACACCGCAAUUGUCUCAGUAUCGUCGAAAGCUGGGUCAGAACGAGAAAGAGACGGCGCUGAGCGUGUUCACGACGUGGGAACUUUCUUUCCAGCAACUUGAAUCGCAGACGAGCCGCGGGGCUGUGGAAGCCACGCUUCUGACAUUAUUGGCAUUCUUUAAUCACAUUGAUAUCUCUGAAGCCUUCUUCAUGCUGCUUGAUCGGUGUCACCACUCCGGAAAGUCAGAUCAGUUGGCGUCGCUCUCCAAGGCUUUGUAUACCGCACAAGCUCAAUGGGACCAGCAUCGCUUUCAGGAUAUCCUGAUCACGUUGCACGGCUUGUCUCUCAUCCAAUCUUGGGAAAAGGACAGCAAUCUACUUUGCUGUAUUUCCUUGCAUCCUCUCGUUCAAGAUUGGAUUCGUCUGCGAGCUGGUCACGGAAAUGACUACGAAGAAAGCGUGCUCAUUGUUGCGAAGCUUGUCAAAGAGGCGAUCGCUCGUUGUUGGCAUGAUGUGCAUUUUGUAAUGCCAUUGAAUGACAGACAGACCUAUCUAUUACAUGUUCGGGCUCAAGAAGGGAAUCUUCGAGAGUGGCUGGACACAGAAUCUUGCCAAUCAAUUGACGACCAAGCACUACUUGAGUACGUAAACUGUCAAGAUUGGUUUGGCUUCUUCUUAUUGACGUCUGGCAUCUUUGCUCUUGCAGAAAGAAUCCAGCUUUGGGUGAUAGAGACGAGAAAGAGGGUACAGGGGCAGGAACAUCCGGACACGCUGAUAAGCAUGAAUAACCUAGCGUCAACGUACUUAGAUCAAGGACAGUGGAAGGAGGCGGAGGAGCUAGGGAUGCAGACGAUGGAGAUGAGAAAGAGGGUGCUAGGGCAGGAACAUCCGCAUACGCUGAUAAGUAUGAAUAACCUGGUGUCAACGUACAUGAAUCAAGGACGGUGGAAGGAGGCGGAAGAGCUGGGGAUGCAGACGAUGGAGACAAGAAAGAGGGUGCUAGGGCAGGAACAUCCAGAUAUGUUGAGAAGCAUGAAUAUUCUAGCGUUAAUGUACAUGAAUCAAGGAUGGUGGAAGGAGGCAGAGGAGCUAGGGAUGCAGACGAUAGAGAUAAGAAAGAGGGUGUUAGGGCAGGAACAUCCGGAUACGCUGACAAGCAUAAAUAACCUGGUGGUUAACUGCUUACAUCAAGGACAGUGGAAGAAGGCAGAGGAGCUAGGGAUGCAGACGAUAGAGAUAAGAAAGAGGGUGUUAGGGCAGGAACAUCCGGAUACGCUGACAAGCAUAAAUAACCUGGUGGUUAACUGCUUACAUCAAGGACAGUGGAAGAAGGCAGAGGAGCUAGGGAUGCAGACGAUAGAGACGAGAAAGAGGGUGCUAGGGCAGGAACAUCCGGAUACGUUGACAAGCAUGAAUAUUCUGGCGUCAACGUACAUGAAUCAAGGACGGUGGAAGGAGGCGGAGGAGCUGGGGAUGCAGACGAUGGAGACGAGAAAGAGGUUGCUAGGGCAGGAACACCCGGAUACGCUGAUAAGCAUGCAUAACCUCGCACGGAUAUGGAAACACCAAGGCCAUAGUAGUAAGGCCCUAGUGCUGAUGGCUGAAGUUGUCCAAUUGUCAAAAAAUGUAAAGGGCGAGAAUCAUCCCGAGACAGAAACCUCAGCUAAGAUGUUGGAAGAGUGGCAGGCGCAGAAAUAA